UAAUGGUGGAGUUAUUGUGAAAAUUUCUCUCUUACUGCACAAUUUUGUCAUUUUGAAGUACUUUGAGAAUUUGUUUGUUGAUAGAAUUUAUCUCUGAGAGUUCCUGCAGAGACAUUACCAAGUGAUAGAAGUGAAAGGGAGAGAGAUAUUUGGGGUUAGAGGGGAGUAAAGAGUUUUGGGGAAGAUAGAGAGAGAGAGAGUGGCUAGGAAAAGACGAUAAAAUGGAGGCAUUGCGAUAGAGAAGGGCAAAAGCGAAAUUGAGGCUUUGCGUGGGUUGGAGAAAUGGGGGCGGCCAUGGGGAAGAGCAGUGGUGUCCUCUUUGAUAGCUUGCCUUCGGCCCAGGGUACACUGCACAUUGUGAUGCUGGGCCUAGAUUCAGCUGGCAAAACCACCGCCCUCUAUCGCCUCAAGUUCGAUCAGUACCUCAACACAGUGCCCACAAUUGGCUUCAAUUGCGAAAAGGUGCGCGGGGCCACAGGUAAAGCCAAAGGGGCCAAUUUUCUGGUCUGGGACGUCGGUGGGCAGGAGAAAUUGAGACCACUCUGGCGCAGCUAUACAAGAUGUACGGACGGCAUCGUAUUUGUGGUGGAUUCGGUUGAUAUGGAACGCAUGGAAGAGGCCAAAAUGGAACUAAUGCGAACCAUAAAGUGUCCUGACAAUCUAGGAGUUCCACUUUUGGUGUUGGCCAACAAACAGGAUCUACCAGGUGCCUGUGAACCCCGUGAACUUGAACGAUUGCUGGGAUUGCAUGAGAGUCCGAGUACGGGGGAACCACCACCGCCCAAGAUGACCUACAUUCAACCAGCGUGCGCCAUUACCGGCGAAGGACUGCAAGAGGGCUUUGAGGCACUCUAUGACAUGAUCAUCCGUAAGCGCAAACUCACCAGAACAACCAAAAAGAAGCGCUAACCUAAAAUUUAAAACAAAAAAAAAAGCAAAAGAAAAGAAAAAAAAGAAAGAAAAACAAUGAAGAAACUCCUUAAGACAAACUUUCCUCCAUCCGCAUCAGCGUGAAAGAGAGAGAGAGUGAUAUAGCCUUCUGUUAUUUGUUGUGUUUUGUUUGUCAAUUCCCAUUUUAUUUUUUAUUAAUUAAUUAUUUUAUUAUUGCAUUUUAUUAUUAGUUUUUUUUAUCCUAAUUAAAUAGACUAUAUUUUUCCAUUUGCCUAUCCACUUGCCUCAAUACAAAUUUUCCCUUUUGAAUCCCAUUUUUGGGUCGGACAACAAAAAAAAGAAGAAAAAGAAGAAGUAUUGGACAGAAAAUUUUGGGGAAAAAGAAGAAAAAUGUAUUUAUCGUUGUACAUAACCUAUCUCGGUGUCUAAAACAACGGUUAAGUGUUUAAAAAAAAAAAGAAGAAGAAGAAGAAGAAAAAUCUAGGUUUAAAUUGAACAUUUUUCUUUGUGUUUUUAUUAUUAUUGUAGUUUUCUAUUUGCAUAUUAAAUAAUAAAUGAAAAAAAUACUAUUGUACGGAUAUAAAGGA